AUGACCACAACGUCCGCUCGUAAAGCUACAUCGAAACAUAUCAAACCGAAAAUGCCACCGAAAAUCAACAAGAUCUCUGGCGCCCAAUACCUCACCGACAUAUACAAACCUUUGAUGAUCAUCAUGAUCGUAUGCGGUUUCAAUUGUGGAGUUACCAAGGUUUUCGUCAUCAAGAUCUGUUUGAAAAUUUACUCCCUCUUCCUUAUCAUCGUCAUCAGCUACGCCACCAUGACCUGCUGUGAAGUCGAGGACGUGUCCUUCGUAUGGUCACUUCUAGAAUAUUCUGUUUUCGUCACCAUAAUGUUGUUUUACCGAAGCAAGAUGGCCGCGUACCUCAAUAAGCUUUACCUCAUCGACACUUACUUGAGGAUCAACCAUAGACAUUAUUACAAGUGUAGGAAUAAGCAAAUUGCUAUAAUCUUGCUCAUUUGGGUAAUAAGAGUCACACAUACGGCCAUUUAUUGCGUCGCCCACAGAUGUUACAAAUCCGCAGAAUUAUUUUACAUCUAUGAAUUUUCCUUGUUCGCCUUGGAUGUGAAUCGCGUAUGGAGGUAUUGCCAUUUCCAUGAGAUUUGGAAGCGACUAAAGCUUUUGAGAAUGCGUCUGGAAGAAACGCCAGAAUGUAAUGCUUAUUUGUACGUGAAAGACAAUAGGAUGAUAUCGGAGAAUAAAGUUAGGUUUUGCUUCCUAUUGUACAGAAAAAUUGGUGAGUUAUUGGACUUGAUUUCUCCGGAAUUGGAUGCGUCGAACACCACGACUACUACUUUUACUGAUGUUGCAAAUGGACGUUUCUUCACUUGCAAGUUUCAGCGGGAGCUUGAAUACUGA